AUGUGGCUAGGGAACGAGCCGUCCAACUGGGGGACUAACUCUCAACCAGCACGUACAGCCGAGACCCUCAAAACUCGUACACCUGUGACCAGUCCUACGCGCGCAGACUACCCUGUUAAGGGUCCACGAACCCCUGUCAAGGGCAUCCGAGUUCCAACACAUUCCAAUAUCUUCCAUAUCAAUUCCAAAGUCCCAAAUCCGAGGAGGUACAUAGGGUAG